UACUGGGCCACUAUCAAUGAAGCAGGUCAAUUUGAACAUCAAAUCUAGAGAAUUGAUGGUUUGAUAUACUAUAUAAAUGAGCUCCUAUAUGAAAAAUUGAUGAAUACUAAUAAAAUUCCACCAUGGGUGUGUUCUACCAUGAAGAGCCACCAAACCAGUCCAAGAGAUCAUGCAAAAACCUUGUGGCAACUCUAAAGGAAGUAUUUUUCCGUUGCCACACUUUUGCAGCACGGCUUUCAACUUCAAGUCUCGAGGAUGAGUACCCAGUGAGCGAUUUUGACGAGGAGCAAGAAGUGUUUAUCUCAGCAGUGAUAAGCAGAACCAUGGAGAAACAGAAGCACAAGGGAAGCGUGUUGAGACAUAGCUUUUCGUGGGUGUACUCUCCUGCAACGAAAGAAGUAGUUUACGUGACAGAGGCAAUGGCAGCACAAGAAAAGGUGGUAGGUGGUGAUGAAGAAGAAGAAGAGUUUUUGUCUGUUAAAAGCUGUUUCACACGGUGUUCGAGUUCUCCCAGUGGAGAAGCAUUUUAUUCUGUGAAGACAAACCUUUCACGAUGUUCAAGCUUGAGCGACCUUGACUUGUCCAAAUAUUGGAAGCGGUCGGUGAUUGAGGAGUUUUGUCACUGCGAGGGAUGGCCUUUUGGCCUGUGUCGCAGAGCUGUGUUGCUUCCACCACUUCCCAAGUCACCUUCCGAGUCUUGGUUGUCGCGUAAAAUACAACCAACCACUAAGAAGUAACAAACCAUGAAUUUCUUCACCUGUUAAUGUUAUGUUACUUUCUUUUUUCUUCCUUUUCAGGAACUGUAACACUCUCAAAGACCAUUGUAUAUCGGAAUGCGGAAGCAUAAGCUUCUUAUUUCGUUUUUAUUUUUAUACUUACGACCAUUUUAAAUAAAGAACGCUUAUAUUUGUUCCAUAUAUGUAUAUUAUUUCAAAAGAAUA